CGCGCCCUCCCCCCCGUCCCCCCCCCCCCGCAGGAGUCCGGCGCCCGGCUGGCGGUGAAGGCCUGCCGGCUGGAGCUGAGCGCCCGGCACCAGGAGCGCUGGCGCCACGAGCUGCAGAUCCUGCGCAGCUUGAACCACCCGAACGUGGUGAAGGCCCAGGACCUGCCCGAAGACCUGGACUUCCUGGUGAACGACGUGCCCCUGCUGGCCAUGGAGUAUUGCUCCAGGGGGGACCUCCGGAAGCUGCUGAACGCACCUGAGAAUUGCUGCGGUCUUAAGGAAAGCCAGGUCCUUUCGGUGCUGAGUGACGUUGGGUCUGGCAUCCAGUAUUUACAUGAAAACAGAAUCAUCCAUAGAGACCUUAAACCAGAAAAUAUUGUCCUCCAGGAUGAAGCCGGGAAGGUCAUCUACAAGAUCAUCGACCUGGGAUACGCCAAGGACCUGGACCAAGGGAGCCUGUGCACGUCCUUCGUGGGGACCCUGCAGUACUUGGCCCCCGAACUCUUUGAGAACAGCCCCUACAGCAAGACGGUGGACUUCUGGAGCCUGGGGACAGUCGUCUUCGAGUGCAUCACGGGGUUCAGGCCGUUCCUGCACAACCAGCAGCCCUUCGCCUG